GAUAUAUCACAGCAAUUUACUGUUACCGUAAAAUUACGUUUUAUAUUUUUAUAUUAGGAUAGAGCAGAUGGCGCUUAUUCUCGAGGCACAGAAAGACCCCUGGAGAGCAAAGGCAUGUUCAAUCUUGUUGGAUCUGUAGUCAUUGAUUCUAUGUAUGUAUCUUAACCUACAUGAGUUGCAGACGCCGAUCAAAUACAAUUGUUUUCCACAAAAAGUAUUAUUAAGUAUUGUAGAUAUAUUAUAUCUCAUUUAGUUUAAACAGUUAUUUAAUGGCAAUGGAUAUUCGACCGAAUAAUACAAUAUAUAUUAACAAUUUAAAUGAGAAGAUAAAAAAAGAUGAACUAAAGAAGUCUUUAUAUGCAAUUUUCUCUCAAUUUGGUCAAAUUUUAGAUAUCGUAGCACUAAAAACGUUAAAAAUGCGUGGACAAGCAUUUGUUAUUUUUAAGGAAAUUGCUAGUGCCACAAAUGCUUUAAGGUCAAUGCAAGGAUUUCCAUUUUAUGACAAACCAAUGAGGAUACAAUAUGCAAAGACUGAUAGCGACAUAAUUGCAAAAAUGAAAGGUACCUACGCGGAACGACCGAAGAAACCAAAACGGGUUGUACCCGCAGCCGAUGAAGAAGCUAAGCGUGCUAAGAAACGUGCCAAAGAACAAGCUAAGCAUUCUCAACAAAUUAGUUAUCAUGCCGGUGUACCGCAGCAUCCAGGUUUAGUUAAUGCUGCCGUACCGGAGCAACCACCUAAUCAAAUCCUGUUCCUUACGAAUCUACCAGAUGAAACUAGUGAAAUGAUGUUAUCUAUGCUUUUCAAUCAAUUUCCUGGUUUCAAAGAAGUACGUUUGGUACCGAAUAGGCACGAUAUUGCAUUCGUUGAGUUUGAGAAUGAAGUUCAGUCGGGAGCUGCGAAAGAUGCUCUUCAAGGAUUCAAAAUUACACCUUCCCACGCGAUGAAAAUAUCAUUUGCAAAGAAAUAAAACAUGCAAUAUUUUGAUUUGUAUAAAGUUAUUGUUAAAAAAAUGGAAAACGUGCGUGUACUGUAAUAGAUUCUAUCUAUAAAUUUAUAUAGAUACAAUCGAGUGUAAUUUUGUUUCAUGAAUAUAAACUGAACAUACAGUAUACAGGUUUUGAAAACAGUGUAUGUACAAAAUUCUACAUAAUUUACACAUACAAAGAAUAAUACUGUAAAUAGCAAUUAUAUAAGAUUUUUCAGAAAUACAUCGAUUGUAUGAAAUUGUUUUUAACUUAAUUUUAUAACAAUUCAGAAUAAAAUAUCACAAUUUUUGAUAUAAAAUAA